GCUCAAACCCCUUUCUAGUUUCUAUGACAUUCAAAUCCUAAACGGCUACGUCCCACUUGUUCAAAACCUUGAUGGUGUCUCUUCUCAAUCUGCUUCAUCUCCGUCGACUCCAACCCCACCGUCACCGCAUCCUAUCCACCUCUACUCGCAAUGCCCUAUUUUUUCGCCACAUAUCUUACACUCACGACCUCACUUCAACAACAUCUACCCCAUCGCCGUCACCAUCGUCAUCCCAAUCUGUCGUACGAACAGUUUGUUCUUUGGUCUGUCAAUCCUACUACCAAAACCAAAUCCAUUUCAGAAGAACACCUCCACGCCUAUACCUCUCAAUUGACUCUGGGUAUUUGACUCCUGACCAGGCCAUUACCGUCGUCGCCUCUCUCGCUGACGAGGCUGGUUCGAUGGUGGCUCUGAGUUUCUUUUACUGGGCAACUGGGUUUUUAAAAUUCAGGCAUUUUAGGCGGUUAUACAUUGUUUUGUCGGCGUCACUGAUUGCAAAUAGCAACUUUGAGAAGGCCAAUGAAGUAAUGCAGUGUAUGGUGAGGAGUUUCGCUGAAAUUGGAAAGUUUAAGGAGGCUUGUGAUAUGGUUAUUGAGAUGCAAAAUCAAGGGCUAGUGCCGAGCGCUCAGACCCUCAACUCUAUAGUUAAUGUGGGUUGUGAAAUGGGUUUGUUUGAAGUUGCAGAGAACGUGUUUGAUGAAAUGUCUGAGAGAGGGUUGUCUCCUGAUUCUUUUAGUUUUAAGUUAAUGGUCAUUGGGUUUUGCAGGAUGGGUAGAAUUGCAGAAGCGGACAGGUGGUUGAGUUUGAUGCUUGAGAGGGGGUUUCUCGUUGAUAAUGCGACAUGCACUUUGAUCAUCAGCAGAUUUUGCGAAAAAGAUCAUGUGAAUAGAGCGUUGUGGCUGUUUGGUAAGAUGCGGGAGAUGGGGUUCGCUCCGAAUAUGAUAAACUUUACUGCUAUGAUUCAUGGGUUGUGCAAGAGGGGUAGUAUCAAGCAAGCAUUUGAAUUGUUUGAGGAAAUGGUCAAGAAAGGUUGGAAGCCUAAUAUUUAUACCCAUACAGUACUAAUUCACGGACUGUGUAAGAAAGGAUGGACUGAGAAAGCAUUCAGGCUUUUCCUUAAGCUUGUUAGGAGUGAUAAUUACAAACCAAACGUGUACACUUACACUGCUAUGGUUGGUGGGUAUUGCAAAGAGGAAAAGUUGAAUCGGGCAGAAAUGUUGUUGACUAGAAUGGAGGAACAGGGAUUAGUACCUAAUACCAACACAUAUACCACUAUGAUUGAUGGCCACUGCAAGGUAGGGAAUUUCGAUCGAGCUUAUGAGCUGAUGGAUGAAAUGGGUAAAAAAGGUUUCACACCCAAUAUUUUUACAUACAACACCAUUGUAGAUGGACUCAGUAAGAAAGGAAGGGUUCAGGAGGCUUUUAAACUGCUGGAAAGGGGAUUUAAAAGUGGACUGCAAGCUGAUAUAGUCACAUACAACAUCAUCAUAUCUGAGCACUGCAAACAAGCUGAUACUACCAGAGCCAUGGCAAUUUUUAGCAAGAUAUUCAAAACUGGCAUUACACCGGAUAUUCAUUUAUACACCACGUUACUAGGUUCCUUUUGUAGGCAAAAGAAAAUGAAAGAAAGCCAGCAGCUUUUUGAUGAUGCUAUCAAGCUUGGCUUGGUUCCAACUAAGAAAACAUACACAUCCAUUGUAUGUGGUUACUGUAGAGUUGGAAAUAGUAGCUUGGCUGUUAAGUUAUUUGAUAGAAUGAGGGACCAUGGUUGUUUUCCUGAUAGUAUUACUUAUGGUGCUCUGAUAAGUGGGCUUUGUAAAGAGAGUAAUUUGGAUGAGGCUCACAGGUUCUAUUCCUCCAUGAUAGACAAGGGGCUCUCCCCAUGUGAAGUUACUCGGUUGACAUUAGCUUAUGAGUAUUGCAAGAAGGAUAAGUGUGCCACUGCCAUGGCUCUUUUAGACAGAUUAGACAAAAAGUUGUGGAUUCGCACAGUUAACACCUUGGUCAGGAAGCUUUGCAGUGAGAGGAAAGUGGAAAUGGCAGUGUUGUUUCUCCACAAACUAAUAGAUAAAGAUCCGAAUGUUGAUCAUAUCACUCUUGCAGCAUUCAUGACUGCAUGUUACGAGAGUAACCAAUAUUCUCUUGUUUCAGAUAUGUCCGAAAGGAUUUCACAAGGUAUUGGAUAGCAAAUAGCAGGCCAACCAUUAUAAAGGAGUGAUUCAUUUGCUUUGAAUAUUUGAGCUGCUGAAGUUGGUGGAGCCCAAAAAUGGUAUAUUCACUUCAUUCUCUUACCGAAUUGAUGUUGGAUUCUUGGUCCUUUUGCAUUGUGGAGAGAGUUUGAUUGCUAGUUUAAUUUUUUGGGGAGCUACAAGCACCCUGAGCCAGUUACUUCUCAGAUGGGCUGGAGGAGCUAUAUGGGUGAUGUGGUGUUAUGACCUGGGACAGUGGCGACUCUAGGAAUUAUUUUUCAUGGGGUCAUUUGUGAAUUUAAACUUCAAUUGCUUUACAGCAAACAGUUUUACAUUAAUCGACAAAUAAUCUCUAUGUCCAUUAACUCAAUAAAAAUUUUACGUAUGCAUAUACUGUAUAUUUGUAUUAAUUGGUAACACUCUCCCAUUCAAUACUAUAAUCGCUUACAUACAACUCUGACACGAUAUAUUCAUGUCAAUUUACAUAGUAACAUAAACUUCCCCAAAUCAUAUAUUUCUCGAACUUAAACUUAUUAACCCUUGUUAAAGUAUCCUCCUCAAAACCAAUUGGCAAUGAGAGGAGAGGCCGCCCAGACUCAUAUAUUAGUUUUCGAGGUAAUAAUUAACUGAUGGGGAACAAUUUCCAACACUCCCCCGCACGUGCGACUCUCGACUCGCACGUGGAGAGGUCAACGAAGGAUCCAGAACACACGGAUCACAACGAAACAAAGUGCAACAAUGGCACAAACAAAGGGGAAAAGCCUCCAAAAACCUAGGUCUCAUACCAUGUUAAAGCUUCUAUCUCAAAACCAAUUGGCAAUGAGAAGAGAGACCGCCUAAACUCAUAUACUAGUUUUUCGAGGUGAUAAUUAACCUUAUUGCUUCCAACAACCCUUAUUGCUUCUUUUCUGAAUUAUCAAAAAUAUACAGUGCUGCUUGUCCUUGUAACGGUAGAGAAGGAUGGAAAGUGGGUCAUGGGGGGACAGGAAGUACAUAGGUUGUGGAUGGAAAUUAUUGGGUGCAACAACACGGGUUGGGAUCAUAGCCCAUGUCAUGGUGUCAAAUGCUAACAAAUCAGAAACUUUUUUUGGGUAUCUAGUAGCAGUGAAUAAUUUUUCCAUGGGAUCACCAGACCCCACACCUUACAUGUUGGCGUCGCCACUGCCUGACUGCCUGGGACUGAUUACUCAAAGCAACAUAUUCUGGGUAUCCUGCCAGCUUCAAUAAGUGUAUAGGCUGGAGGACUACCUUCUCGUGGUCUUCUCACAGAUGAUUGAGCUUUGAACUUCCUUGGAUAGACCAUGAACAUGGAUCAAGAACUGAAAUUAUGAUUGAGAGUCUCCUUAAAGAUGUCUACGAAUCAAUGCUCGACUCUGCUUCCAUAGUUUCUGAGCUUCAGAUUCAUCAUUUGCAAGGGUUGAGCAGUUUGUUUCAUUACAGUCGGCAAAGUACUUCCCGGUCACCCCUUCUGUUUUUGGGCUUAGAGCAACAUAGCAGGUGGUAGAUGCUCCCUAAACAAGACAGAAAUACAAGAGGUAAGGUUGAUGAACCAUUAUUUUCGUUGGAUGAAUCUUUAGCUGGAUAUACACAUGUAGACAUACCUGUGCUGAUGUUUUUAGCAGUUUGGAUGCGAAAAAGAACAGAGAAUCUGCGGGCAAAUUCGAGAAGGAGAUCAAUUUACUUUUCGAGUUCUAUGUGUUAGAGGAAAAAAGAGUCAUAUUCAAAGCAAAAUACCCUUAGGAGUACCUAAUGUCAGAUCACCACAUUACUUUUUGUCUUGUCCACUCAUGUUCCACUACAUUAGAUAAAGUGAGAUCCAGCUCAUCGUUUUACUGGUCCGAGGACAGGAUUUUCUUUUCUCACCCCGGAGGGUUGUAGAAUGUGUGAGAUCUCUGGUUCUACUUUGCUAAUGUGACCAACCUUGAGUAGCCGACCAUUGGUCAUGUAUCAUGACAUAAUUUUUGCUGAAUACUGAAUAUAUUUCCCCCACAUACACAAUGGUAGCUAGUGUGAAAGCCGUUGCCAGAGUUUCUUUUGAAGAGAAAGAUUUCUAUUACUCUCAAACUCGAAGGAAAGAUCAGAGAGCUUCCCAUUUACAGUGCAAGGGUAGGUAAGUGGCAACAUUGUCUUUGAACUAGGUCAGACCUCUUCCAAAUAUGUUCGAAACAAGGCAAAUAAUCAAAGUCAUGGUGGUAUAGAGUCUAUAGACAAAAUACAUGCCUGUGAUGCAGCCUUUAUGGUCUCUAACGAUGCCAGUCUUCACAAUCCCGGGGUGCACCGCAUUGACAGUUACCCUAGCAUUUCUUCCCUGUCAGAUUUGAUCAAACACUUUGUUGUGAACUUUCUGUUUUAAAACUGAAGUUGUUGCUCUGAAUACAAUGAAAUUAAUUUUGGGGAUAGUUUUCGAAGUUCCUUCUUGAUUUGGAAUUACAGUGAACCACUCUACCUUCAGCUGCCUUGCUAUUUCCUUGGCAUGCAAUAUGUUGGCCAAUUUGGAUUGAGCGUAAGCGCGGGUACCAUUAUAGCUGCAUGAAGCACACAUGUAACUUAUUCACUCUUUGAGCUAAGUUGGAGGAAAAAGAAAACAGCAGGAAGAGAAAAUGAAGUAAAAGAUGUGCUCUUUGUUUGAUUAGGUACUUUUGUUUUUUAGGGUGAAAGAAUAGGUACUUGUUUUUACUUCAUUGUGAGAUGGUGUGUAUGUAAAAGGUGUGUUUAUAGCAUUGUGUUCUUUUUCUCCUCCUGUUUA